AGUUUCUUGACUUGAAUAAAUCCAUUUGUUAAAAAUGGAUAUUAUUGUGAGUCCUGAUCCACCCAGAAACAACACUGAGCAUUUGCGGAUGAUGAUAACAGCUGUUGAUGCUGUGAUUAGUGGUAAGAUGUCCCAGAGAGAAGCUGCUAAGGCUUACAAUAUUCCCAGAAGUACUCUUAGAAGCCAUCUGCCAAAGCAUGCAUCAGUAAGUAUUUAAAUCUAAACAUUGAAAUACGCAAUAAACAGCCAUAGCUUUUCACACAUGUUUUCAAAAAAUAAUUUGAGGGUAGUUUAGUUUGGAUUUUUUAAAUAUUUUUUUUUAAUAUUCAAGAAAACAUUUUAAAACGGAAUCAAGUUUUGCAAUUUGAAAUACCUGGUAUUUAAGCAGAAUUAAUAAGAACUUUAUUGUCCCUCUUUUACAUCCCUUAUUACCUAUAUUGACAUCCCUUAUUACCUAUAUUAACUCUCUUACCUACUACUGGACUAUUACAUUCCUCAUGCAGUCCUCUUGGAAAAUACAUUGCAGCUAAGUGUUUAUUAAAAAUUUUAUAUUGUUUUUAUUUUUGUUUUUUUUUGUAGAAGAAGGCUUCUGGCGGACACAUCGAUUAUUUCGCAUGCCCUUUUUUCAGUUUUUUCCCAUAUUUUGUAUCACUUAUUUCAUUCUACCUAACCUGCUUGCAGUCUCUCCCCCUUAUUGUCAUUUUUAGCUCUAAAACUUUUAAUUUUGUGGUGAUUCUAAUUUGUUUUCAGUAUAAACACAGAAUUCAAAAGCCACCAACGGGUUUCAAGGGAAAGACAAUUCUUUCCAAAAAAGAAGAACGAGAGGUAAUGUUGUAAGUAAAAUAAACAAUUGAUUUAAAUUAGGUUUACUAAUGUCAGGAUGCAAAGUAUGAUGUUGAUAUGGACAAACAUAUAGAGAGAUAUCUUUUCUAUUUAACUUGCUGUCAUGGUAGAAUGAAACAAAGUGAUUUGAUGCAUCUGUUAAUAUGCUGAGCAGAUGUGAUAAUGCUUUUUUUUGUUGCUGAUCUCAUAUUUAUUAUAUUUAUUUUUAUAAAAAAAUAAAAAUAGCCUAGUAUACAAAUUAAAAUGUGUGUCUAAAUCUAUUCUAUCCUCAGCUAAUUGAGUUUGUAGUAAAUAUGCACAGAGCUGGUUUUGGUAGAACUCGUCAAGAUUUGCUUCUCAAGGUUCAAGACAUGCUCAAUAAAUUAGAAAGAAAGACAAAAUUUGAAAACAAUUUACCAAAUGAUGAAUGGUAAGUACUUUGUUAGUGUAGUAUGGUUAUGAAGUUAUUUUUUGGUGAUUUUUGUUAAAAAGGGCCAUGAUUAAAUUAUGUGUAAUAUCUAGUUGGGGGGGGGGGGUAUUUUUUUUGACUUUUUUGGUUGAUGGUUUUUAAAGUUUUUGAAAAAUUAGUGAUAAUGUGUAAAAAAAAAAAAAGCCAAAAUAGCAUGGCAUAAAAUGGAUGCCCCCACAGUGAUAAAAAUUUAUCUCUUAUAUGUAUAGUGAAAUAGGUAGCCUUUAAAAUUUAUAUUUUGUAAAGCUAUGGAACAUUUAAAAUUAGCUCCAGGACAAAGGAUUUGCUUUUAAACACUUAUUUCUAAAGCAAAGCUUUCAAUACUUCCAAAAUACCUGUCGCAUGUGUUACAUUUCAGGUAUGUGUCAUUCUUGGAGAGACACAAGGACAGUAUCAAAGAAAUUUACAUCGGCUACGGCUUCCAGGAGAAAGGAGUUGUCCCCAUUGACGUCUACGGUGUACACGAGACCAUCGAGGUUGCUGUGCAGUCUGUUUCUCAUACUAACCCCGUUGUUUACCACCACCCCAGCCCUCCACAACAACAGCUCCACCGUCCGCAGGAUAACGCAGAAAGUGUUUCCAGAUGUAGAAUGCUGCCAUUUCCCUUUCAGAUCUGAAGUGGAACUUUUGUGAGCCAAAAUUUAUUUAAUAUAAGAGACACUUGCUCUGCUGCUCAUUCAAAGCUGACUUAUAAUUUUCACGCAUUUUAUUUUUUAAAUACAAAGCCGGCUAUGCCGAAUCAAGUUACACCAUUAGCGGUGUGUGUAGAUGAUUGAAACUUGUGUCUCCAUCUAUCACAGUUACGAAUUUUUAAAGUCAUCUUUCCUAAAUUAAAGCUUUUUCUUUUUUUCAACUCUAAUAGUAAGAAGCCUCUUGAUUAAUUUUUUUCUGCAAGUCAAAAUCUGUAGAAAACUUACGGCUCAUAUACUUUUUCUAUUGGAAGAAAAGAAUAGAGACUCUCACAAUUAAAAGAUACCAUAGCCUCAUUUUAUGUACUGGUAUAAACUUAACAAGAGGCCCUUGUAUGAGAUCAAUCAUAAGUUCUCUGACUUCAUCAUGACGAGGCAAGGCUAUUGGGCAAAAAACAGCAGCAUUCAUUAGUUGAAUUUCAUACCGUCUGUGGAUAGCUUGGGUGCCAUACUUAAGUGACGACAAAGCGUUAUAAAAUAAAUUCUCCGUAGACUCACAAAAUUUGUCAGAUUUCAAGUAAGGGGAUGAAAUAAAAAAAUUGAAUACUAUUUUGACCAACAAAAUAAUGUUAUGCACCUUUACUGCAAUGCAAGCUGAUCUUCACAGGAAGUCAAACCACAUUUCUACAGUAGCUUCCUCAGAGCACCACCAACUUCCAGUCCAUGGUGUCCAUCCGUUUGUAGGAUGGACACCAUAGUUGGUAGCCCUCAAUUCAUGCAACAGAUUUUGUCUGUAUUUGAGUACUGGUACAACGCUUUGUGUAGAUAGUGCACAAAUAAUCUGGCAGGAGGGAAGAAAUCUAUUAACAGCGAGCACUCUUGCUAUCCAUUUUGCAAAAUGCUGGAAUAUUUAUUUGUAUUGUAUUUGUGUGCUCUGAGUGUGGAGUAUUGAAACAUUUUAUUUUUUAUUUCUCCAAGUUCGUAUGAUCUUAGUUAACCAGCAGGGUUACAUGUUAUUUUUUUUUUGUCCGUUGAGUUGUUCUGGCGAUCGCCCUAACAGUGAUAGAUAAAAAUGAUAGCUGCCAUUAAAUGUUUUAAAAUAUCUGGUCGUGCUGCCGAGGUAAACUAAAUGUUCACCUAGGUAUCAAUGAUUAUCAGGGAUCUCAAACAGUUUUGUUCCCCUGAUCAUUAUUGUUUAUAAAGGCUCAUAGAAAUUAUAAAUGUACCACAUCUCUUUAUUUAUUUAUUUAAUACAGAUGUAUGUUAAAAAAUAUUACAUAUAAAACAGCAGUGUCUUUGUGUGGAUGAACCUUGCUCUCUAGGCAAAUGAGGUCACUGCCAAAAAUAUAACUUUAAUCAGAGCUCUUAUAUUAGCGAUUCUCAAGAGACCAGCUUGUUUGUUUAAGAGCCCUGCCACGUAAAUUAUACACACAGAAAUGUAGCAAUAAAUUUUGUGAAUACCUUCAAUUUAUCCCCCGCUCAGUUGUUGACGAUGUUUUUAAUUGUUUCCGUUACUGGUUUAAGUGUGUGAUAGUGGCAGAGGCUGACCAGAAGCGAGUGAUCACGGCCGAAGCGAACCAGCGCCAAGAAGCGCUCUGGUGGACGUGAUCGGCGGAGUUUUUUUUAAAUCCUCAAGCUGUCAAAGGCACGCAACUUUUUGUUUUGCUCAAAAUCUUUCAUGAAGGCUGGAAUGUUGUCAUGUAAGUGAAAAUGUGUGUGUGACAGAAUGAUUGUGUGGUAAAAUGAUUGUGUGACUGAAUGAUUGCGAGCUAGGAUCUUUUUGACGUCCAGUGACUGUGAGGGGUGAAUGUCUAUUAUUUUGUAUGAUUGGCCGCUGGCUUGUGUUUGAGAUGAUUACUUUAGUCUGUCACCCGUGUCUAUGGAUGGGAAAAAAAAUUAAUCUCAUUUAUUGUGUUCACUUCUCAGACUUUUGAUGUACAUAUUAUCAGGCAAACAGUUGUAUAUUUUAGAUCCCAGAUAUAUAGCUGAGCAUAAUGGUACAGUGGUACAUUGUAAAUCUCAGAUUUAUCUGAACAUAUUGGUACAGUUGUACAUUUUAGAUCCCAGAUAUAUAUCUGAACAUAAUGGUACAGUUGUACAUUUUAGAUCUGGACAUAAUGGUACAGUUGUGCAUUGUAUAUCCCAGAUAUAUAUCUGAACAUAAUGGUAUAGUUGUACAUUUUAGAUCACAGAUAUAUAUCUGAACAGUAUUGUUUUAUUUAAAUUUAAUGUUCUUGAUUUUAUUUUCCAACUUAACAAGUGAUGAAAACAAAUCAAAGUUAAUAGAUGGGCAUUUGACUUACCAAU